GUGAAUGUGUGCAAAACAGAGACUGCCCCCUGAAGCGGUUCAGCCAGUCCGGUUCUGUCCUCUCAGGGGAUGGCCCGGGUCGAGGAUGGACACACAGAGGAUUAUGACAGCUCUGUGAUGGUAGAGGAUGGUCAGGAUGGUAUGGACAGUAGUAGCCUGACUCCUGGCUCAACACGACAGGUCUGCAUCCAACGGCAUCCCAAUCACGGCUUUGGUUUCAUUGCAGGCAGUGAACGGCCUGUCGUCGUACGCUCUGUCACUGCGGACGGACCAUCGAUUGGCAAGCUUUUCCCCGGAGAUCACAUCCUAGCCAUCAACCAGGAACUUGUGAGCGACGCACCCCGGGAGAAAGUCAUAGACCUUGUAAGACGGUGCAAGGACUCAAUUCUUCUCACUGUGCUUCAACCGCUACAGUCACCUAAGUCUGCCUUCAUAAGUGCAGCCAAGAAAGCUCGUCUUCGAACGAAUCCCCCCAAAGUGCGCUUUUCUGAGCAAGUGUCCAUCAGCGACCCAGACUCAACCAUGCUUAAAGACGACACUCUGCUUCUGAUACCAAAUGUGUUGAAGGUGUUUUUGGAGAAUGGACAGAUCAAAUCCUUUACAUUUGACAGCCGCACCACUGUUAGGGAUGUGAUAUCAUCGUUGCAGGACCGCCUCUCUCUGCGCUACAUUGAGCACUUUGCUUUGGUGCUGGAGUCCGGUGGACUGGCCCAGAACCAGGGACUGCAUCUGCUCCAGGAAAACCAGCCACUCUCUCAUGUAGUUCACAGGACCUACUUCCAGGGAAUGAAAUGUCUUUUUAGAAUCUGCUUCUUCCCGAAAGACCCUGCUGAUCUGUUGAGGAGAGACCCUGCUGCAUUUGAGUACCUCUACAUACAGAGUCGCAAUGACGUCAUUAAAGAGCGGUUUGGAAUGGACUGGAAGUCUGAUGUGACACUUAAGUUGGCAGCCCUGCACAUCUUCAUCACUGUGUCAAUAGCGAGACCCAAUCAGAAGAUUUCUCUCAAGCAUGUUGAGAAAGAAUGGGGUUUGGAGCCGUUUCUUCCUCUCACCCUGUUGCCCACUGUCAAGGAGAAGAAUGUCUGCAAGAGUCUUUCACAACUCUUAAAGACGUAUCAGCAUCCUCCCCCAGCUGGUAACAAGGUUUCUCCUCUUCAAGGAAAACUACAGUAUAUGCGAGUCUUGAAUGACCUUCCGCCAUUUGGUGGCUUCUUGUUUCACACAGUCGGUCUGGAUGAGAAGCAGUCAGCCACCACGCUCUUGGUCGGUCCGAGGCACGGUAUCAGUCAUGUUAUUGACCUGAAGAACAACUUGACAACGGUCUUAGCAGAGUUCAGCCGUGUGGCCAAGGUCCAGCUCUUCAGAGAGCAUCAUGGGGUGGCCCGUGUUGAGGUUGCUAUUUUGGAUGCAAAGCCCUUGGUCUUGUUAAUGGAGUGGCCAGAUGCAUCAAACUUUGCUUGUUUGAUCUCUGGCUAUUACAAGCUCUUUGUGGACCCUAAAAGGACCAUCUACUCCAGGAUACCUGGUCAGCCUUAUAUGAUCAAGGCAGAUUCCAGAAGUUCCCAUUCCCGCUCCGGAGCCACUGUGUUAAGCGGGAGCCGACGAGAAGAGAGAGAGGGGUCGUCCAGAGAGGCAACACACAAGAUACCAACACCGCCCAUAUCUCAGCACCUUGGCCUGUGUCACAUCCAUUUAAAAGAGCAACAACAGCUGCAAGAGCUUCAGAUACAGGAAGAGCAGGAGCUUGACAUUAAUGAGAACCUUAUCUCACAGGUACAGAGUCGUUCACGCACAAAGUCUGACCCCACUAUAAAGAGCAGUGAAUCAGUGGCUGAACAAGACAAAUCCGCUGAUGACAGCUCAAACUUCAGGGUCAGAGCAAAAACAAUGGAGCCGUCACAACAGGCAAGGAGGUUUUUCUGUGAGUCCUGCAAAGCAAAACUUCAAGCUGAAGGUUUGACGUCAGACAUUGGGGAAUCUGGAAAGCUUAUUUUGCAGCAGUGCACAAAUGCUUGUGCUUCUCGUGAGGGAGGGGCUGUUGAUCUCAUUGCCUUACCACUCCCUGGAAAUGAGGAGGAAGAGGAGAUAGAUGAAGGAGCAGGAAAGUUGCAGCCUCCGCCCCCUGCCAUUGCAGCACCACCCCCAGGGUUUCGUGAUAACAGCUCUGAUGAAGAUGACCCGAAUAAAGGUCGCAAAGGACUCAAAGCCGCUGCUUCUACGGCAAAGGGUCAAGAGGACGUUCCUGUGACACUGAUCGACACUGUGGCCACUAGGACAGUUCAAGAUCAUGCUCAGGAGUUAGAUGAUGCAUUAGUGUCCACCCUACAGGCACUGGAAGCACUCGCUGCAUCAGAGGACUACCCGCACCAUCACCAACAGACCCCACAGACAACAGGCUUAAUUGUGCUUGCUGCUAUUACCCCAGAGUCCUCCCUCGACUCUGGGCAUGAGACAAAUUCAUCAGAACUAACUGAUGUGUCUGAGAUGGUUUCAGCCAUGAAGCAGCAUCAGAGCCAGGCUUAUUUUCUUGCCCACCACAUCAACAAAGAAAGACUUUUUAGUAGAAGAGACUUCCCUUUGACAAUCCCUGGCUGUACUACACAAGCAAUUGGGGGAGGGGCUUUUUCGAUGAAUCAGAUCCGUGGUGGGUGUCCACCAAAGCCAGUAAUCUUAAGUAAGACUAUGCCCUUAAAACUAUGUCCCAGUCAAGGGACUGGAAGUGCUGUAGAGCAUGGAAAGACCCACGAAGAAGCAAAAACUAAGAAUACAGCAAACACUGAACAGGACGCUGUCAAAGAGUGCUUAUCUGAGUCUAUUUCAAAAACAUCUGAAGAACUUAAAGCUUCUGAAAAGGGAUCAGAACAAGAAAAAUUACCGCCUGCUGAUGAAGAAAAAUUGAACUCCAAUACCUCUGAAGGUGUCCAUGAAAAACUGUUUGAGGUAGCAACCUCCGAAACAACCAACAUAGCCUUACCUGUUCUCUUACCUGUGGAUAGAACAGCAUCUGCUAAGAUUUGCUCAACGAAUAUGUGCCAAGAUUCCGAGACUGCCUCAAGUGAGACCACUAAGCCUUCAAUUUCAAAGGAUCUUCUCCCAGCUGCUGAAUUGUUCUGCACAUGUCCGGUACGGCCAGAGCCAGGCCCACAAGUGCGUCUAAAAGAUCCACAGACCCAAAAGGUGGUAGUGAUUCACUCAUCCUCUCCUACAGACGAUGAGCGUCUCCAUGCCAAAGGACUUCAGUUAGCCAGCAACAAAGAGAGCAAAGUUAAGACAACUGAUGCAAGUACAUCUAAGCCUAGCAACCUGCCUCCCACUAAAUACUCACCAGUUACGCCUGUUAAAGUAGAACAGAAAGAAAUGUCAGAAGCAAAGUCUGAGAAUGCCCUGAAUAAAGCCUCUGUGGAGCCACAAACAAUUGCUAAAAGUUUGCCUGUCCUGGCAGACCCAACACAUAUCUUGAGCUGUGUUGAAAAAGGUGCAACUAUCCCAGGGGCAGAGUAUAAGAAGCAAGCAAAUAACAAAGGCAAAUCCCAGCGUAGUACCCCAUUUUUGAGUUUUAGGAAUUUAAUUUCAGCCACCUUCCCAGCACGUCUGCGUCGAGAGACAGAUGAGCGUCGUGCACAGCUCCAGAAAGUAAGACAGUAUGAGCUAGAGUUUUUGGAGGAACUGCUAAAACCUAAAACAUCACAAGGAGAGUUCUUGCCACAGGGAUCUUCUCCAAUCCCCUCCUUUAGCCCAUGUGCCUGCCAGCUACGCACAAGUCCUGUGCAGAAAGUUCCAGGAAUCUCUCGAGAACAGCGACGCAGCUGUGACUGUAAAAGGAUGUGCCGGGGGAUGCGACUCCCAGAUACAGCAGUUGGCUCUGCAGUGGAACAGAGGGGAAGGGACAGGACCGUCUCUAAAACACCCCCAGUAAUUCCAAAGUCUCCACAUGCUCAAGAAGAAUUACGAAAACCUCAGACUUUGGAAAUCAAAACUACUCGAAUUCGCUCCACAAGCCUAGAGUCAAGGGAGCCCAGAGAAGCACCAAUGUCAAGUUUGCCUACAUGCACCACCCGUUCAGAAUACAUGGAUGCACCUCAGUACAAAAAGCUACAAAGGAGAUACAGUAUAGGGGAAAUUGAUAACAAUGACAACAUCCCCCUGUAUGCUGAGGUCAAAACUACAAAAGCAAAGAGCUUGGAGAAAGAAAUGGAAAGAGUUAGAGCCACUGGACUUAGACUCCCAACUCCAGUGGAGCCUGUGCAUGCUAAAGAUGGAGAUGCAAAAAAGAAGGGCAUAUUUUUUAUUCAGGAAGAGAAGCUUGUUCAGGAAAGCCGUGAGGGUACCACUGAGGUUCUAGGCUUACCAAGUGAGGAUACUGAUGACAGGGAAAAAUGUUGCUCCUUUUGCUUCUGUUAUCGAAAAUGUGAGGCUGCAGAUGAGAGCAGUGAAAAAGAUGAACUAUCUUAUUCCAUCCCCUUGCAGGUCUUGCCUGGAAUGCAACUAGAUUCAAGGGCAAUGCCAGUAGUCAGCAAAACUCUUCAGGUCCUUGAUGCAGAGGACUGCAGUGGGGAAGAAGAAGAGGAGGAAGAGGAGCUACAAACACAGAGAAUUGAUCUGCGGGCCCCUGGAAACCUGGAAACUAGUUUAGCAAGAGUACAGUCCUUGCAAGGCAAAACAUUUUCACUACCUGAUGGAUUCCUAAAUGCACAACUGGAUGCCAAUGAACUGCUCUCAAUUUUAAGGCAGUGUGCCAACAGUCCCCAGACAGAGGGUGAACCUCGCAUUCCUCCUGCAAGACUGACAGAGUACAAGCAAGAACUUGCAGUCCGUUUUAAAGAGUUCAGGGCAUCAUGUAGACGAGUGGCAAGUGUUGAGAAAAGUCCCUCACGAAUGUUAAGUGCUGUCACAGCUAGCUUCCAGGUGCUUUGUAACCUUACUCAAACAUUCAUUCGACUAGUCACAGGUGUGCGCUCUGAAACUCAAAAACUGCAGCUUUUACGUAAAGUAGAAGAAGUAGCUGUCAACUACACCCUUCUUCUGCGCGCUGCUGAGGAGGCAAUGGGACACUCUAGUAGCCUCCCCAAUAAAAGUGCAAGCCCUCAACUUAAUACCACCAACAUGGGCUCUCUUAAUCGUUCCAUCAAGACACUGCCCAGCAAGUAAAGACUUCAUUUCACAUGUAGGAUCGUAAGUCAGUUGCUCUGCCUAAGAAAUGUCGCAGGAAUCUUUUCUGAUCAUUCAUUGGUUUACUUUUUAUUGGCAUUUCUGUAAGUUUACUGCUUGCUAAAUCCCAUUUUUGCAUAAUACUAUCUACUGUUAUUUGUUUAUAAAGGUUGUUCCAACAUAGGUGUGCACAGAAGUAAGAACAAAAAUACAACUGUUGUACAAAUAUAUCCAGUAUAUUAUGGAUGAUCAACAGGGCUGUUCACCCCUAUGUCCUUAGAGAAAGGUUACUGUGAAACUAACUUUUUGGUAUGUUUAGUUGUUCCUAUAUUCAAAUUAUAAAAUACCUGUCUUGGGAAGGGCUGCUUUGGACAGGUAGUGUCUGGGUUAUUUUGUGUCUGAAAAAAAAAGAUUUAUAGAAUAUUUAUGGGAAAACAAUAUUAUUAUUAUUAUAGAGACAUUAUAGCUAAAUUAUCUAAAAUAUGUGCCCUAGAGUGAUACAAAUAUCAGAGAAAUGUUCAGAGAUUUUGUAAAAUUGCUAGAGAGAAAAAUGGUUAUUUGGUAAUGUGCUUUUUUUGAAUUUUGAUUGUUGUGACCUGAAAUACUCCCUUUCACAAAUCACAUAAACACUGUCUGGAUUUCAAUCUCUACAAGGUUCUAAACUGACACAUUUUAAUUCAUAUUUAUGAACACAAGAACCCACUAACAAGGUAGUGGAGGGGAACACCUGCUCAGGGUAGACAAUGUAGCAGAAUUAAAUCUACUGGAAUACCAAUUAAAUGGAGACAGUGGUUGAGCUGAGACCAAGUGAAAACAAAGGGGGCUCCUCUUUGCUAAUGCACAAAAUUAAUAUCCUUUUUCACUCUCACAUGCUCAUCCUUCAGCUCCAUACCUCAUAUAGAGUAGAAUACAGUGGCACCAUUUUUUUUUGUAUUGUAGUGAGGAAGGCUCUUGAUAGCAACAUCAUUUAGUGCAAUCUCUUGUGUAUAUAGAAAAAAAACAAUUUGUUUAUACAUAUAUAUAUAUAUAUAUAUAUAGCUUAUAUAAGUGCACUGACAACCAACACAUAACCUGAUGUUUUAUGAAUAUUGCUUUAAUAUUUUCUUCUAUCCCAUUAUUUGAAAUGUAAUUUAUUUUUUUGAUUUUUCUGACUGUGAUAUCAUCCAUUGUGCACAUUUUAAAAAAAAAAAUCCGCCCUCCCGACACAGAAUAGUUUUAUAUGUAUUUUAAUAAAACCAGCUGCUGUGAUGUCUGAAAACUUUUCUGUCUCCUCUUCCUCCAUGAAACUGGAGUCUUAUAAUCUUAAUUAUAAAGAGCUCUAUUACUGGGAACUUGUAUCACCUCAUUGUUCUCAAGUCUUGCAUGUUACCCCUUCUAUAGUUGAAUGAAGCAGGCACCAUCAAGUCAGCGACUAAAAGACUGUUCAAUGCUGGAUCUAGAUUCAAAUAUAUCAUUAGGAGUACAACUAGAAACUAGUGUUUUACUAUGGUAUUUCCAUAUAUGAAAGUAUAAUUAUUCUAUGCUUAACUUGUAAAAAUAUUGUAUAGGACAUGAAAUAUUUGUGAAGCUUAAAAUCAUUUUGAAAAUCAUUGCAAAAAAUGAUCAAAAUAACAUUGUUUUUUAAAAAGAGGAAUCACAACAUGUCUCUUAUGAUUUAUAGUAGUAAGGUACCAGAGACAGAUAGUAUCUAUAUUUUAGAGUACAUAUAAAGCAUGAAACAUGUUUAUUUUUAUAAAGUACAUUACGGUUAAAGAUAUUGUCAUGUUUAUACAACUUUGUUUUAGACAUUGUCUGUCGAAGACUAGAUGCUUUGCCAAACUGAGAUUUGUCACUGUGCUUCAUUUCAUUUGUUGUGUGUGCUCAUUUUGUUUCUUUCAGUUCUUGUCUGUUUAUGGUCUCUCGCUGUGCUUCUGUUUUGUGUGCAAGCUCAUGUUUAAAAGCAAUAAAGAGUAUCAAAAAACGUUUCAGCUUAGUUUUGGCUGUGAGAUCAAGGGGUGAAAGUUUGGCUGGUAGAUAUACUAUAACUUAUACAUUUUUCCCUUUUUUAUCAUUCAAUCUUAGGUCUUUGUGUGAUGGCCAAUCAUCAUUUUCAUGAUAUCAUUUUUCCUGUAGCUGUGUAAUUAUUCACAUGCCAUUUAUGGUUGUCAGAUUUUAAAUCACAUACUCACAGGGGGUGCAUACACCAGCCAAAGAACUGCCAUUGAGACGAACAAAAAGGACAGAUCUUGUAUGAGAACAACCCAUUUAGCAUUUUGCCUAAACACAUGAUUAAAACUAUUAUUUGGUAGUUUAAUUAUAUUAUUCAUCAAGCAAACGUCUGCUGUGGUAUUGCUUUCUUUCUCUUCUUGCAUUUUAUACCCCGGUCAACAUAAGAGGACAACAUCAGAAAUGACUGUAUUUAUGGAUGUAAUGCCAUAUCUUGUAAUGCAUUACUCUGUCCCUUUGGAAUAAU